AUGCCGAAUGUUGACAGUGUUUUACGCGCCAUAGGACAAUGGCAAUACGUCAUUAUCACUGACUUGUUAAAGUCUUUUUAUCAAAUCCCCUUGGCUGCUUCGUCCAUGAAGUAUUGUGGAGUCGCCACUCCAUAUAAAGGUAUCCGUGUCUACACCCGAUCUGCCAUGGGUAUGCCUGGCUCCGAGACCUGUUUGGAGGAGUUAAUGUCCAGGGUCUUAGGUGACCUCAUUCAGGAGGGCUGUGUUGCUAAAAUCGCCGACGACCUGUAUAUUGAUGGAAAUACGCCUAGUGAGGUACUCCACCACUGGCGCCGUGUGCUCUCCCUACUGAAGAAGAACAACCUUUGCUUAUCAGCCUCCAAAACCAUCAUCUGCCCACAGAAAGCUGUUGUGUUAGGCUGGACCUGGUCCAAAGGCACCUUGCAGGCUAGCCCACACAAGCUUGCUGCCUUAUCCUCUGUUGCUCCGCCCUCUACAGUACAAGGCUUACGAUCCUUUAUUGGCUCAUACAAGGUACUCAGCCGAGUACUCCCAAAGUAUGCCGAGCUGCUCGACCCUCUCGAUCAGGCUACCGCCGGCAAGGAGUCUCGGGAGCGAAUCCGUUGGUCUGACGAAUUACUGCUAGCAUUUAAGACUGCACAACAAGCCCUAGAGAAUCACAAAACUAUCUCACUUCCUCAGUCUGAUGAUGCGCUCUGGAUUGUUACAGACGGUUCCGUAAAGAACAGGGGCAUAGCAGCCACCCUCUAUAUUCAACGCGACGGAAAGCUCCUAUUAGCUGGUUUCUUCAACGCCAAGUUGCGUAAACAUCAAGUGUCUUCGUCUUCACGCCGG